UAGUGGAGCUCUGUGUGAGAGAAGUGAGCUGGCAUUCAUACGUGUGAAGAGAGAGUGAAGAGUGGAGAAGUUGACAGAGAAAUGCAGUAUUAAAUGCAGUAUUAGUGAGAAGCGUAACAGAAUUUCUCCCACUCUGUUUGGUGGAUUCAGACACAGGUUUAGAGAUGUUGGUUUCGAUGUUAACAGCACUCUACAUGAUGAUGAGACUAGCUGAACAGUUGGGGGUCAGGUUGGUUCGACAGCCGGAUGCUCUGCCCUACAUGGUGUCUCAGCCGCUACCCUGGCAGGUUCAUUAUGUGUCCCACAGUCGUAGAGGAAGCAAAGCAGACGAGUAUGAAGGCCAGAGGAGGAACAGUAUGGGUGUAUACAGGAAAAAUUCUACUUCUAGUAACGGACAGCCUGUCCUAGUUAACCCCGCAUUUGCAGACAAGGCAGCCGCCACCAUUCAGCACCAGUACAGGAAGUACCAGCAGAAGAAGCACAAGGACGCCAAAUGAAGCCCAUCAGCUCGAGCAAUAACCAGCGUCUCCUUCAGCUAUUCACAUCAAACAUAACAUUAUGACCAUCUCCAUGUUUUCACAUUCACUGUCCAUCUUAUAAGCUGAUCACAUAGGAUAAUGUGCAGUUGUAUGACUUUUACUGUGUCUGUUUCUCUGUAUACUUUAUUAUUGUGCUCUUUUCACCCUGUUCUUUAAUACUCACAACCCCACAGGAGAGAAAACCACCACAGAACAGCUGUUAUUAUUAUUUGGGUGGUGGGUCAUUAUUCUCAGCACUGCAGUGAUUAGCACUGAUUAGCAUGGUGGUGGUGUAUGAGGUGUUAGUGUGUGUUGUUCUGGUACAGUGAG